GCGGCCGGGCUCCUUUUUGGCGUUUGCCUCUACCUGCUGACGGCCGCCAACAGUGAUUCCCGUGGGCGAACCAGAUAUUGAACUUGCAGUUCCUGUAGCCUCCUCUGUUCCUCUUCAUCCUUCCUCCCCUCGACCGCCACCUUCUGAAUCCCUCCGCUGCCGACGGGUGAUUGGAACGAGGAGCCGGAGAGCGAGAUACAGAGAGAGAGACAGAGACACACACACACACACAGAGAGAGAGAGAGAGAGAGAGAGAGAGAGAGAGAGAGAGAGAGAGGGAGAUGGAGCGCGAUGGGGAGAACAGACUGGCGGCUUUGAUGCUGGGCUUGAUGUGUGUGGUUGCCAUUGCGCACGUGGGUGCACAGGUGGUGGCCCCGCCCCCUCCUCCUCCCGCCGGCACGGACAUUGUCAGUCUGAUUUGCGCGCAGCCCGGCUUGACUGCCUUCUGCAGCGCUCUUAAUACCUCUCGGGUCGGUCUGGAGCUGCUCCAGAAUGUCGCAGUGCAGCGAGUCACAGUUUUCGCUGCCAAUGAUGCGGCCUUCGGUAGCGUUCGCGCUGAUAUCAAGGCGUGCUUCGACAGGGAGCCCAUUGACGUUUUGUCGCAGGUUGCUGCUUUCCACAUCGCCACGGGAUGGAACUACACGGCGGCGGAGAUGGCGUCGGUGUACGUCCUCACGACUCUGCACGGUAUGCCGCUGAUGGUUGGCAGGAACGUGAACGGCAGCCCGCUCAUUGAGGGAACGGCUAGCAUUGUAGGCCCAGAUGCCAUUCACACCGUGAAUGCAACCGUGCACGUCAUCGACGAUGUCCUCAUUCCCGAGAACCUUGUCAGGACCAUCUGGGAGGAGUGCUUCGGAGUGCCUGCUUCGUCCAAUACGCCAGUGCCGCCGGCCAGCUCUAUUUAAGCAGAUUGUGUCUCCGUCAAAUCUGUCCGUUAAUUACGCGUGGUAGUAUCCUCUCAAUUUUAGUUAGCCUCUGUUCGAACGUCUCUAUUUCCUUCUCUCUCUCUCUCUCUCUCUCUCUCUCUCUCUCUCUCUCUCUCUCUCUCUCUCGCUUGCUAUGUGCGCUCUUUUUCUGUGCACUCCCCCGUCUGCAUUCCCUCUCCUGGUUUCUAUGUGCGCUCUCCCUUCUGCAUUCCAUCUCCCCCUCUCUCUCUAUGUACGCUCUCUGUUUGUGCGCUCUUCCAUCUGCAUUCCCUCUCUCUCUCGCUCGCUCGCUCUCUCUUGUUGCAGGAGGAAUCCGUGUGUAGGUGUAGGUAGUUGCUCGGUCAAUAAGCUUCGCAGUUCUUAGAUGGCGGAAAAAACGUUUUCUUUAGAUUUAGUUAAAGCGUUGCGGAGGCUUGCCUCUCGUUUGCCUCCCUGUCUCUUUCUCUCUCUCUCACAUUGUGUAUGUGUCUGUUUUUGUCGUUAAAUGAUGAAACCUAACGAAUCCCGCCUUCUGCGUUUUCGUAAGUUUGAGCAGAUGAUUAGGUCGUGGUGAUUAGCGAUCCUGCAGGCAGGGGAAGGGAAUGCGUAGUGCUUCUUACUGGAUACGGAGUUAUUAUUGUCCAAUUUCGAAUCGUUGGUAAUUAGCGCGUUUUGAAAAUGUUCAAUCGAAUAAAUUUUAUGGGGCAGGACGUGUCGCCGGUCGGGUAAUAAAUAAGAGGAGGUUGAAGGAAGAUAGCAUUCCUUUGAUUAGGAAGCUUAGUGGAUAUGUCAUAGUCAAUAGUAAAUAUUACGGAAAUCAAAAUUAUUAGAGAUUUAAAAUCUGAAUUCAGUUCAAUCAAGCGACGUCCUCACAUGUUAUUGACUUCACCGCACUUCAGCUAGGCAAAGCGACCCGUGCUGGCCUCUAAUCGCAAAUUAACGAAGGUCGCACAGCGAAACGUACCACCUGCUUGUCUCUUUGGAGUUUUACAGUAUGAUCAUGGCAUUCGCUGCCUAUCGUCAAACGAAGCGGGUCGCAGCGAAGCGUGCUUGUUUUGCUGAAGUAGGAAGUGUGCUCUUCUUGUUGAUGUGGUGUUAAUUUAAGUCUUCUUAGAUUAAUUCAAUUAAAUCUUGUCGGAUUAAUUUUUAUUCCAUUUCAGUCAGUCAUUUUGUUGUCAUGUCAGUCAUUUUGUCCCGACGUCAAGUUGUUUUCGUGUCGAAGAAAUCUGCAGGCUUGACAUCGCGUGGUAACCGUUUGUCAUAAGCGAAGUCGCCCCUCUCUCUCUCUCUCUCUUCCUUUCUCUUCCUCUCUCUCCCUUUCCCUCCCUUUCACUCUCUUGGUGUUUGCCCGCCAAUUCCUACCUCCUCUUUGUCGCCGAUUCUCUCUUUCUUUCACCGUCUCUUGUGCCUCGUUCGCUGUCUAUUGAGUAAGAAUUGCGUGCUAGGUCUAUGGUUUAAUAUGAUAAAUGUUAAAUUAUUUU